AUGUUCGACCCUUUCCGCCUCGCCGCCAAGGCCCGUUUCUGCUCCUGGCAGGCCCCUCCGCCUGACAAGCCCUUGAUCCUCAAGUGUGCCAAGGGCGCCCGCGACUUGGGCCCCCGGGAGAGCGCUGUGCGGAGGACAGCUAUCAACAAGAUCGUCGAGGUGUUCGAGCAGCACGGCGGGGUGGAGCUCGACACCCCUGUCUUCGAACUGACCGAACUGCUGGUCGGCAAGUACGGGGCGGGCUCCAAACUGAUCUACGACCUGGCGGACCAAGGCGGGGAGCAGCUGUCCCUGCGGUACGACCUGACCGUGCCCUUCAGCCGCUACAUGGCCAGCAACGCAGUCAAGAAGAUGAAGCGCUACCAGGUCGGCAAGGUCUAUCGCCGUGACAAUCCGGUCAUGACCAAGGGCCGGUUCAGGGAGUUCUACCAGUGCGACUUUGACAUCGCUGGGGAGUACGACCCCAUGCUGCCCGAGGCCGAGGUCCUAAAGAUCGUACAUGACGUGCUGACUCGGCUGGGCCUUGGCGCCUUUGCUAUCCGGGUCAACUCCAGGGCGAUCCUGGACAGCAUGGUCGCACGGGCAGGUAUCCCGGCUGAGAUGUUCAAGACCACCUGCUCCUCGCUUGACAAGCUCGACAAGGUCAGCUGGGCCGAGGUCCGCAAAGAGCUGGUCUAGGAAAAGCACAUCGCUGCUGAAGCCGCGGAUGCCCUUGGCAAGCUAGUAACGCAUCGGGGGAGGAUCGCAGAAAUCGUGCAGCGGCUGCUCGAGCUGAAAGCCUUGCCAGGGGCCGAGCCUGCACUCGAAGGGUUUAUGCUUCUGGAUAAGUAUCUGGAGGCCUUUGGGCUGCAGGAGCAGGUACAGAUGGACCUGUCCUUGGCCCGCGGACUAGACUACUACACUGGGCUGAUCUUCGAGGCGAAUUUCUUGGGCGAGUUGUAAGAACUGGGGUCGGUGGCAGCAGGUGGGCGGUAUGACCGGUUGAUCGGCUAGCUUUCGGGGGGACAGCAUAUCCCUGCAGUAGGAGGGUCAAUCGGUAUCGAGCGCAUCUUCGCGGCGCUCGAGCGCGGGGCAGCCCACAACAAGUCGAACAAGUGCAUGGUGCUGGUAGCCUCUGUGGGGAAGGGACUGGCAGUUGAGCGCAUCAAGGUGCUGACCUGGCUCUGGCAGAAGGGGGUAAAGGCCGAGCAGCUGCUGGUGGACAGUCCCAAACCUCAAAAGCAGCUAAGCCACGCCUUUGACGAGCUUAUCCCCAUGAUCCUCUGGAUUGGCGAAGACGAGGUACGCACAGGGGUCUUCAGUCUCAAGGUGCUCUACAAGGGGACGGAGUUGAAAGCUCCCCUCGCCGAACUGUUGCCGCGCAUCCGGGCCGAGCAGGAGGAGUUCGAGGCCCUGGCCGCGAAGGGACCGGUGGUGUUCAAGAAGAAAUGA